CUUUCAGCACGACGCACAAUUAUAUACAAUUUAACCUGUGUGAAUCACUUAAAACUGUACAGUGCACAUUACACAAACAAUUUUACCGUAAUCCAUGAAACGAAAAUAUUUUUUUGCGCGCAGAAUUAACUUUAAUUGGCAGCAUCUUUACUAAAUUUAUCCACUUUUAAAGAUUCCAACGAUUUUCAAAUAUUUCACAAAGAUGAAUAAACAAGAAAUUGACAAAGCGACGCCAUGUAAAAUGACUGAAUCGACAUUUAUCGGUUCCACAUCCACGUUGAAGGCGGUGUAUGAUGCCAUUGAUCAGAAUAUAUUCAAUUGUAAUUUGGACGGUGUACAAGUGGAAUGGUGUGACACAUUGAAAUCGCGUGCCGCAUUCCUCUACGAACAAGUGACAUUCACCAAACGACAAUUAUACAUGCGUUGCAGUAAAAUUUGGAUGAAAAAUUAUACACGAAAGCAAUUCAUCGAAGUGAUUUUGUAUGAAAUGUUGGAUUUGUACUUGAGAAAAACGGCCUCGCAAAAGAAUACUGUUUUGCACGUACACUUGUUACAAGGUGCAUUCCGAUAUUUAAAUCGACGCUUUGGGAUGGAUCUCAAGAUCAACAAUAACUUUAACAACAAAGACCCAAACAAUGCGGAUAUCAGGGAGAUUCUGAAGAAUACCUCUGCCGUACGUAGAAAUUCAUUGAAAAAACCAUUGAUUGCCGGUUUCAAGGUGGCACCAUACAUGAAAUUUGAAAACACACAACUUGUGAUCAACAGCAAUCUUCAUGAUAAAAAUAUGCAUUUGGACGACAGAGAAUUACAAGCAUUGUUUUGGACACGUUUCAAAGGCGCAAAUAUUUAUGCAAUUUUCCAUGACAGCGACAACAUGAGUUGUUUGUUAUGCCAAAAAGAAAUUGGAUUGGGAACAUUGGAAGCACAUUUGGACAGCGAUUGUUAUGUCUUUAAACAACCAGUUGCUUAUCACAAGGAUAUCAAAGUCAACACUUUUCUCAAACGAGAUUCAACGUAAAAGGAAUCAUUCUUUUAUUUUAAAUUUCCAUUUUUCUUUUUAGAAGUAAGUUUUAGAAAAUGACGAACAAAAAGGACGAAAAAGGAUGAAGAUCCAUUAUACAUAGACUUUUUGAAUUUUGAUUGGCCAUGGUUAUUCAGAAAUACGGUUUGAUAUCAUAACGCAAACUUAAUUUUUAACAAUUCUGAACUAUUCAAAAUAAUUGAUUUUAAACAUGAUUUUAAUUUCACCAGCCAUCUGCCAAAAUAUUGUAAGACAUAAAACUUAAAUUGUCAGUAUUUCCAUUUUAUUUUUUGUUUAAUUCAAUUUUUUGUGUAAUCAAUAAUUUAAAAUUAGGAACUUUCACAUACAUUCCGUGAAAAUAUCCAGUUUUCACAAUAAACCAUUUUAACUAAAUUUAAAGAAAAUUUGUGAGCGAUAGUUUUUGAAUUUAGAAUUAAAAAUUGUAGCAUAUAACUCUUUUACAUAAAAUUUCUUUUAUAAUUCAAA